UUUUUCAAUCAUUCACACAAGAAACUCAUCUCUUGUUUCUUUCUCUUUCUGGUAACAUCAAUGACAAUAGUCGUUGUUGAGGUCACCCGAGUCAUCCCCGCCGCUGACUCGGUCCUAAACUCGCCCAACUCGCUCAAAAUCCCGUUGACUUUCUUCGAUCUACCAUGGCUACGAUUCAACCCAGUCAAGCGAGUCUUCUUCUACAGGCUCAACGAGUCAACUCGUGAGAAUUUCCACUCCUUCAUCCUCCCCAAGCUCAAACUCUCCCUUUCCCUCGUCCUCGCCAGCUACCUCCCUCUCUCCGGCCGCAUCACCUGGGACCCAAACGACCCCGCACCGAGCAUCGUCGUCUCUCCAAACGACGCCGUGUCGUUGACCGUCGCCGAGAGCGAAGCUGAUUUUUCCUUUCUUUCCGGCUAUGGUCAACGUCCAGUCACCGAGUUACACACCUUGGCACCCGAGUUAACCUUUUCCGAUGACUCAGCAUCGGUUUAUUCUCUGCAGAUCACGUUGUUCCCUGACCACGGAUUCUCCAUCGGCUUCGCAGCACACCACUCCGUUUUGGACGGAAAAACGGCAACCAUGUUCGUUAAAGCUUGGGCCCACUUGUGCAAACAACACUUAGAAGAAGAGAACAAAGUCAACUCUCUUCUUCCGGAGAAUCUAACUCCGUCUCUUGACCGGUCGUGGCUCACCGGUCUAACCGGACUCAACGAGAAGAUGGUCGAGGUUGUUACAACUAUGAAAGGGAGAAGCCUGGGUCCGAUUCCCGCCAAGGAACUCGAAGACGAAGUCGUUCUAUCCACGCUCGUGCUGUCUCGCGAUGACGUGGAGAGACUCCGGGAGAGAAUCAAGAGCCAAUCACCGAGUCAAUACCUUAGGCUCCACGUGUCUACUUUUGUCAUCGCGUACGCCUACGUGUGGACCUGCCUUGUGAAGGCGCGUGGAGGAAACAUGGAGAGGUACGUGACUUUCUUGUUUAUGGGAGACUUCAGAGAGCGGUUGGAUCCGCCGCUUCCAGCGACCUACUUGGGGAACUGCGUGUUUCCGGCGGGUAGCUACAAACGCAAGGCGGCGGAAUUUGGGGAGGAGAGAGGGUUUUUGACGGCGGUGGAGAUCCUCAGUGAACUGGUGAAAGGCUUGAGUUCGCGGAAGAUAGAAACGAUUCUGGAGGAGUUUAGGGCUAUAUUCAGUUGCAAGGGCGAGAGCUCACAGUUCGGGACGGUAGCUGGAUCGACCCGGUUGGGAGUAUACGAGUCGGAUUUCGGGUGGGGAAGACCGGUUAAGAGUGAUGUUAUCUCUAUCGAAGGAGAGAGAAUCUCAAUGGGAGAGAGACGUGACGGAUCAGGUGGCGUCGAGAUUGGAGUGUGUCUGAAGAAGACUGAAAUGGACAAGGUCAUUGCUUUGUUCAACAAUGGUUUACAAAACUAAACGCCUUUCUUUGUUCCUACAAAGUUUCAAUAAGGCAAAGAUCAUUGAGUUGUGAGCUUUGUAUUAUAUAUAAUUGGGUGUUUUGGGUUGCGUCAUGUGUUUUGGGUUAAUUGUUCAUUGCCAGGGUCUGGGUGGGUACAGAGAAACCCUGUGAUACAAGGAAUGUCUAUUUGCUUAUCGUAAAAA